AUGGGAAGGAUUGAAAAAAUAGUCUUCAAAUGGAACUGCGAUAGCGGAGAAUGCACAGUUUACGAGAGGAAGGAGUUGCCACGAUGCUUUUCCGGUGUCAUGAGCUCACAGUUCGAUUUUACCAAAUUUCGUAGGAUAUGUAUACUUUCCGGUUGUGAUUAUCUACAAGCGGGUUUACCAGGGAUCGGCCUGAACAAAGCUUUAGCAUUCUUCUCCAAAACUUCGCGAACGGAUCUCAAAAUGCUUCUACCUCGUAUUCCAAGUUAUCUGAAUAUGUCCAAAUUGACAGUUUCAAAGGAGUUUAUUCAAGAAUUUAUACGGGCUGAGAAUACUUUCAUCCAUCAGGUUGUGUUUGAUCCACGGCAACGAUGUCAACGCCCGCUCACACCAUAUCCGGUUCCACAAAAACAGCAGUCUGAUGAGAAUGAUGAUGAUUUCGCGAGGUCAAACGAUAAGGAUGAUUACUCAUACGCAGGAGAAGUAUUAUCAUCCAAUUUGGCUGUGAGAUUAGCACUGGGCAAUCAGAUCGAGAAGUCUGUUAUCAUGGACAAGUUCUUUUUACCAUCUCCUGUACCGGAAUGGUCCGUUUGGUGUGAUCAGUUUGAAAGUUGUGGUAAGCGAAAGCGCCGAAUUGAAGAGACACAGAAAGAAGAGGCAAAGAAAUGCGGCUCAACAUUCAAAUUUGAUUCGCCAUCAAAAAAACGAGUGAAGCUUGACCCCAGUACCACCAUCGAUGUCAUCAAUUUGGAUGAAGAGGACAAUGCUAAAGCUGAGGUAGCUAAGAAGGGAGUUGAGACGGAUGGGGCCAGUCAGGGAAUGGAGAAGAGUGUUCCAAAGAUUGAAAGGUCGAAUUCUUCGAGCAGUGGGAAAAAGGAAAAUUUGGAAACUCGUCCGAAGCGAAUCAAAAAUCAAGCAAGCUAUGAUUGGACCGUUGACGAGAUUAUGAAGGCUUAUGGCCCAACAGAGCAAGGACAGUCCACCACAUCAUUGCCAGCCUCACCUAACCCAGGGACAGAAAAGUCCAUAAUAGCUGCUACAAGUAAGACGUGAAA